AUGACAAGAUCAUCUAGGCGAGAGAUAUCACUACGAGAAAUCAAAAAACAUGAUCAACCAAAUGAUUUAUGGAUGAUACUAUAUAAUAAAGUAUAUGAUUUAACAGAAUUUACAAAAUAUCAUAUAGGAGGUAUUGAAGUAUUAUAUGAUUGUGGAGGAUCAGAUGCAACAGAAGCAUUUGAAGAUGUUGGACAUAGUGAUUUUGCAGUUGAAAUGUUAAAACCUUAUUUAAUUGGUGAAGUUGAAUUUAAUGAAAGAAAAAUUUAUCAUUCUUAUAAAUCUUUAAGUCCUGAAAUUGAAUUUAUUGAAUCAAUUACAAAAAGAGAUGAUUAUAAUUUUGAAAAUUUUAAUCAAUUUAUUAUAAGAAAAAUAAAACAAUUGACUAAUAUUAUGAUACUAUCUAUACUAGCAAUUUCAUCAUUUAUACUAUUGAUAUUAAUUCAAAAUUACAAGUAA